AUGAAGGCGGCGAAGCGGGGAGCGAAGGCGCCUCGUGCUGGUGGCGGGCGGGGGGAUCUCAGCGGCCCGCAGAUGCCACCCACCGUCAUCUCUGACUCGCGGUUCGCCGCGCUCCACUCCGACCCGCGCUUCGCGGUGAGCUUCGACAGCAGCCGCUCUGGCUGCUUGACGGUGGGCGUGGAAAUGCGAUGGUUGAAGGUCGCGCUGCUGUCGCCUGCGCGCCCACCUUGGCGGCAGCCCAGUCGCCGUCCUCCAACACGCCACGUGCCUCACCCCCUGCCAUGCCCCUCCCACUUCAUGCCUCUCUCGCAUCCUCUCGCCCUUCCUGCCAAUCCCGCCUGCCGUGCUACACACAUUCGCAGCAAGUCAUUCCGCCUCUCCCCACUUUCCCGUUUCCCCAUCGCCUUUCCCCAGCCCGCCCCUUGUCCGACUCCCCUGCGCCCUCUGUCCGCCCCAUUCGUCCCACGCGCUCUCCAUCUGCCCGACCCUCGUCACCCCCAUGCACCCCUCGUCACUUCCACGCACCCCGCGUCAACUCCCAUGCACCCCUCGCCACCCUUGCGUUCCCCCCCCCAGCGCGUGCCGGUGCGCGAGACGCGCGUGGCGGUGGACGCGCGGUUCUCCGGCAUGUUCCUCUCGGCGCAGUUCGGCGAGGCGGGCGGCGUGGACAAGCGCGGACGGCGGCGCGAGGCGCAGCGAGGGGCCGACCUGAAGCGGUACUACCACGUGGAUGAGGGGGAAGAGGGGGAGGCGGGGGAGGCGGGGGAGGGAGAAGGGGAGGUGAAUGAGGGAAGCGGGGAGAAGGAAAAGCAGGUAGAAGCAAGGGCGCGUAAGGAGGAGGAGGAGGAGGAGGAGGAGGAGAAGGAGGAGGAGGAGGAGGAGGAGGAGGAGGAGGAGGAGGAGGAGGAGGAGGAGGAGGAGGAGGAGGAAGAGGAGGGGGAGGUGCAUGAGAGUGAUGAAGAAGAGGAGGGGGAGGGCUCAGAUGACUCGUCCUCCUCUUCCUCAUCAGACUCGGAGAGUGAGAGCGAUGAAGAGGCUUCAACCGCACAGGUGCUUGCCUUACUCCCACCCCUCUCUUCUCACCUUUUCCCUCUGCACCGCUCCAUUUUCCCACCACCACAUGCUGCUUCGGCCGCUCCCCACUCCCACUCAUCUUUGCUCCACCCCCUCCUCUCUCCCCUCAUCGCCCCACAUCCCGCGCUGCCCCUUGUCGCGCCGCCGCAAGGACAUGGGAGGGGAGCAGGCAAGGACAUGGGAGGGGAGCAGGCAAGGACAUGGGAGGGGAGCAGGCAAGGACAUGGGAGGGGAGCAGGUAAGGACAUGGGAGGGGAGCAUGGGGAAGAGCAGAGCCAUGCACAGUGGCUGGACUACUUCCAUGCACAGUGGCUGGACUACUUCCAUGCACAGUGGCUGGACUACUUCCGUGCACAGUGGCUGGACUACUUCCAUGCACAGUGGCUGGACUACUUCCAUCCACAGUGUCUGGACUACUUCCAUGCACAGUGGCUGGACUACUUCCAUGCACAGUGGCUGGACUACUUCCAUGCACAGUGGCUGGACUACUUCCAUGCACAGUGGCUGGACCACUUCCGUGCACAGUGGCUGGACUACUUCCAUGCACAGUGGCUGGACUACUUCCGUGCUCCGUCUUGCUGCACGCUCACUGCCAUCUCACUGGACAUCCUGGUGGUGCUGCGCUCCUUCGUGCCGCCCGGCGGGCGCAUCACAGCCGUCACCGUGUACCCCUCUGACUUCGGCCGCCAGCAGAUGCACGCCGAGCUUGAGCGCGGCCCCCAGGGCCUCUUCCAGGCGGGCAGGGGGGCAAAGGGGACGGCAGGCAGGGGGCCUCAGGUGCAGGGGGGUGAGGGCGGUGAAGAGGAGGAAGGGGAGAGCAGUGAGGAGGGCGAGGGCGUGGAUGCGGAGAGGCUGAGGGAGUACGAGAAGUCCAAGCUCAGGUACUACUAUGCGGUGGUGGAGUGUGACAGCGCGGCCACGGCGGCACACGUGUAUGGGGAGUGUGACGGCAUGGAGUUUGAGAACAGUGCCAACCAGCUCGACCUGCGCUUCAUCCCCGACGCCAUGGCCUUCAACCACCGACAGCCCCGCGACUCCUGCACCCAGGUGCCAUGUCACCCCUCCGUGUGGUGUGACCCCUCCGUGCCAUGUCACCCCUCCGUGCCAUGUCACCCCUCCGUGCCAUGUCACCCCUCCGUGCCAUGUCACCCCUCCGUGCCAUGUGACCCCUCCGUGUGGUGUGACCCCUCCGUGCCAUGUCACCCCUCCGUGCCAUGUCACCCCUCCGUGCCAUGUCACCCCUCCGUGCCAUGUCACCCCUCCGUGCCAUGUGACCCCUCCGUGCCAUGUCACCCCUCCGUGUGGUGUGACCCCUCCGUGCCAUGUCACCCCUCUGUGCCAUGUCACCCCUCCGUGCCAUGUCACCCCUCCGUGCCAUGUCACCCCUCCGUGCCAUGUCACCCCUCCGUGCAUGGAGUCGUGCUGGUGCCAGGGGACUACGAGGCACCGCUGUUCACCACGCGGGUGCUGCAGCACAGCACCUUGAAGCUCACGUGGGACGAGGACGACCCCAUCCGCGUGCGAGCGCUGCGCCGCAAGUUCGCCUCCGACCAGGUGGCGGAUCUGGACUUCCACGACUACCUCGCCUCGUCCUCGGGCGAGGACGAGGAGGAGGGGGAAGAGGAGGAAGAGGAGAAAGAGGAGGAGCAGGACGAGGAGGAAGAGAGAAAGGAGAAUGGUGGCAGGAAGGAGGAGGGAAAGAAGAAGGGCGGAGGCACAAGAGAGAAGCUGAGGAUGCUGUUGAAGGGGCUGGCGGGGGAUGGCGGAGGCAAGGGGAAGAAGGGGAAGGGGAGACCGGGAGAGGCAGAGGGGGAGGAGUCGGAUGGGGAGGGGUGGGGGUCAUCAGGGGUGGAGGGCGACAUGGAGGUCACGUUCAGCACGGGGCUGGCGGCGCUGGGCGACAAGCUGGCGCGGCGCCGCAGCGAGCAGCAGCGCAGUGGCAGCGAGACGGUGUUUGAGGCGUACCAGCGCCAGCGCAAGGAGCGCCGCAAGGAGCGCCGCCGCCUGGCCGAGGCGAGCAAGGCGGCAGGAGGGGGCGCAGGGGGGAGUGCGGAGGAGGAGGCAGGAAGCGACGACGAUUUGUACGACAGCAGGCGCGUGCAGCAGGAGGACGACCCGUUCUUUGCCCUGCCCGCAGAUGAGGACCCCUUUGCUGAUCCCUUCUUUGCCUCCACUCAUGCCGGUGCUGCUGUGGGCAACGGAGGGGCUGGAGUGGUGAAGGGAGUGAAAGCAGGGAAGAGUGAGUAUGAGAGGAAGGCGGAAGAGCGCGAGAGGAAGAGGGCGGAGCGGGAGCAAGAGAGGGCAGAGGAGGAGAGGCGGCGGGCGGAGCUGGAGCUGCUGCUGAUGGAGGGGGGCGAGGGCGGGGGGGUGAAGGGGUUGAACCUCACGGCGCACGCACGCACGGCCAACGAGCAGCGCCGCGUGCAGGGCAGAGGGGCGAGGGGGGCGCAUGGCGCAGCGGGGGAGGAGGAGGCUGACGGGGAGGGAGGAAGAGCACGGUCGGUGGGUGGUGGGGGCAAGGUGGGGAGGGGCGGAAGGAAGGGGAGGAGUGUGGAGCAGGCGGGGCAGGAGGCGGGGCGGGGUGUGGACGUGGACGUGAAUGACCCACGCUUCGCUGCUCUCUUCACCUCUCCGCACUUCGCCAUCGACCCCACCGACCCCCGCUUCCUCAAGUCGUCAGCCCCGCAGCGCCUGAUAGCGGAGAAGCAGCGCCGCCGCGUGCCAAGUGGCGCAGCGGGCGGGGGAGCAGCGGGUGGUGGCGGGAGUGGCAGCAGUGUGAAGCUGGCAUGGUUGUAUAGUACUUUGUGCCGUUUCGAACGCACUCUCGCCGCCUUCCCAUCGAUUCUCGCUCGCCCUCCCGUUCCGAUCAUCCUCGCGCCGUCCGUUCCGUCGUUCGUCCCGUCGCCGUCCCUUCGCCUUCCCGUCACCGUCCCGUCGCCGUCUUGUCGCCUUCCCGUCGCCGUCCCGUCGCCCUCCCUCUCUGUUCGCCUUUCAAUCUCUGUUCGCCAUUCAACUCUCCGUUCGCCCUUACCCUCUCCGUUCGCCCCUCCCCUCUCCGUUCGCCCUUCCCCUCUCCGUUCGCCCUUCCUCUCUCCGUCGCGCUUCCCCUCUCCGUUCGCCCUUCCCCUCUCCGUUCGCCCUUCCCCUCUCCGUUCGCCCUUCCCUCUCCGUUCGCCAGUCCCCUCUCCGUCGCGCUUCCCCUCUCCGUUCGCCCUUCCCCUCUCCGUUCGCCCUUCCUCUCUCCGUUCGCCCUUCCUCUCUCUGUGGCGCUUCCUCUCCCGCCGCCCCUCUUCUCUCCCGUCGCCCCUCUUCUCUCCCGUCGCCCCUCCUCUCUCCCGUCAACCUUCCUCUCUCUCCUUACUACGUCGCUCUCGCUGUUCUCGCUCGAAGUACUACCGUGCCUGA